AUGGACUCAAUCGAUUCACUCAAUCACCUGGAAGAGCAAUUUUUUGAAGCAGGUUAUCAGCUUGGCGUUAGAGAUGGUCAAGAGGCCGGAAAGUUGGAGGGCUACCAAUUAGGAGACAAAGAAGGGCUCAAGCUAUGGGAGGAAUUGGGAUACUACUUAGGACAAGCUCAAAUAUGGUGGGCCACCCAGGACAACACCGGAAAACUCAAGGCCAAGAUCCAAAACUUAAUCUCGCUCAUAGAGGCCUUCCCAACUCAAAACCCGCCCGAGUCCGACGAAGCUGACUUCCUGUAUCAGCUCAAUAACAUUCGCGCUAAUUAUCGGAUGUGCUGCGCAAACAUGGGUUUAAGACCCAGGAUCAGAGAGGCCGCAGGGGAGUCGCUAUGA